GCUGGGCGGAGCGGGUUCCGGAGGGUGGAGCUGAGGGUCGGGCGGGCGAGCGAGCGAGCGACGGACGUGCACGGCUCUUUCCUUGUUCCUUCAGGAGGAAAAUCGACGGAAAAUGAGAGGUUUUGGCGGAGACCGCGAUCGUGGCCGAGACAGGGGAAGCAAUGGGCCACGGUUUGGUGGAGGCUCAUCACUGGGAAAGAAGUUUGGACAGCCUGGGGAACGUCUUAGAAAAAAGAAGUGGGACAUGGAUGAGCUGCCAAAAUUUGAGAAGAAUUUUUACGUAGAGCAUCCUGAAGUGGUUAGGUUAACCCCAUUUGAAGUGGAUGAUUUCCGUCGGAAGAAAGAAAUUACUACAAAGGGAACAGACUGUCCAAAGCCAGUGUUCCAGUUUCAUCAAGCCAAUUUCCCUUCCUAUGUGAUGGAUGUUCUGUGUUCGCUGAAUUUUGUGGAGCCGACGCCAAUACAGUGCCAAGGCUUUCCGGUAGCACUUAGUGGGCGUGAUAUGGUUGGAAUUGCACAGACUGGAUCUGGCAAAACUCUGGCUUAUUUAUUGCCAGCCAUCGUACACAUUAACCACCAGCCAUUCCUCGAGCGAGGUGACGGCCCCAUUUGCUUGGUGUUGGCACCUACACGAGAGCUGGCACAGCAGGUGCAGCUGGUUGCUGAAGACUAUGGGAAAUCUUCCCGAAUAAAGAGUACCUGUAUUUAUGGUGGUGCCCCUAAAGGCCCUCAGAUCCGGGACCUGGAGAGAGGAGUGGAAAUCUGUAUUGCAACACCAGGCCGUUUGAUUGACUUUCUGGAAGCUGGAAAGACUAAUCUCCGACGUUGCACUUACCUGGUACUCGAUGAGGCUGAUCGUAUGUUGGAUAUGGGCUUUGAGCCUCAGAUUCGAAAAAUUGUGGAGCAGAUUCGGCCGGACAGACAGACUCUGAUGUGGAGUGCCACUUGGCCAAAAGAGGUCAGGCAACUAGCUGAGGACUUCUUACGGGAUUACAUCCAGAUCAAUGUUGGAGCCCUGGAGCUGAGUGCCAACCACAACAUCCUUCAGAUUGUUGAUGUAUGUCAGGAGACGGAGAAGGAUCUGAAAUUGCUCCAUCUGCUGGAAGAAAUCAUGGCAGAGAAAGAAAAUAAAACAAUCAUCUUUGUAGAAACCAAGCGUCGCUGUGAUGACUUGACCCGCAGGAUGAGAAGAGAUGGCUGGCCAGCAAUGUGCAUUCAUGGAGAUAAAAGUCAGCCAGAAAGAGAUUGGGUCCUUAAUGAAUUCCGAUCAGGAAAAGCACCCAUCCUUAUUGCAACUGAUGUUGCAUCUCGAGGUUUAGACGUGGAAGAUAUCAAAUUUGUCAUCAAUUACGACUACCCUAAUUCCUCUGAAGACUACGUGCAUCGCAUUGGUCGCACAGCUCGCAGUACAAAUAAAGGCACAGCCUACACCUUCUUCACACCAGGCAAUGUGAAACAGGCUAGGGAGCUGAUCAAGGUAUUGGAAGAGGCCAGCCAAGCCAUUAAUCCAAAGCUUCUACAGCUUGUUGAUCAUGGAAGAGGAAGUGGAAGAGGAGGCCGUUCCCGUUAUCGGCCCACUGGAUCCAAUCCUAACACCAUGUACAGAGAUGAUCGAGACAGAAGUCGCGGCCGGUCUUUUAGAGACCUCGAUGGGGACCGCAGAGAUAGGGGAGAUGGUGGGAGCAGGUUUGGGGGGCAGCGAGAGUCCCGUGAUGCUACAGGUUCACUAAAUAAGCAGAGUUUCCGAUCUCCACAGGCAGGCGCUUUUGGGAGUACCGUGUUUGGACAGCAGUCAAUCCAGUACCCUAACUUUACCCAAAGUGGGCUUUUUGGGGCUACUAACCAAACUGUAUAUGGAGUUGCUUCCCAGACAGCAUUUGGAAAAUCAGGUACUUUCCAAACUUCAACCCCGACAGCUGCAUUUGGAGCCUCUGGUUAUGGCACUGCUGCUCAAGCUGUGGCUUAUGCCUCAAAUACUUUCAAUGCUACGACAUCUGCCAGUGGAGGGCGGUCGUCACAGACAGCACCGCAAUACCGGCAGAAUGGGAUGGGGCAACAGCCCCAGCCCCAGCCACAGCCACAGCCACUGUUAUCUCAAACAUAUCAACAGAGCAACUCAUUGUUGGGUUAUAUGUCCCAGGGGAACUACCAGUACACACCACCACCCCCACCACCUCCCCCUUCACAGGGAACAACCCGAAAAUAAAUAAUUUUUUUUUUCUAAAAUACAUGUUUUGUUCCCCUGUUUAUAAAGAUAUAGGCAUCAAUUCCAUUUUCUACUGAACAGUAAAACUAAAAAAGUAAAUUAUACAGUUGUAUUCACCUUUGCUGCACAGCAAACCUUGUGACAUUGAUCCACUUGUUAAACGUUUACUUAAGUCCACCUUAACUCUUACUGAUACAUGGUCUGCACAAGUGUGAAUACUUGCAAAUCAUGGCACAGAGCUGAGCUGCUGAUCACUCUGUGAAUCGGUGGCCAAUCAUUGGAUUACUGCUUGACCCUUAGAACCUAGUGAGUGAGCAAGCUCCGUGGUGCUUUGGGUUCAACCACUCUCCAGAAAUAUUUUUAAACAAUUAUAUAUUUUAAGAAGGUAGGUUUUGUGUGUGUGCAAAUACAGUGCAAUUUUAUCAAGAUGUGGAAUAUUCCUGUAAUUCAGAUAUAAUCUGAAGCCAGAGGUUCAGAUUUGACCCUUAUUUUCAUUGUGACAACGUAAAUUUCAAAUGAAAAUAAUUGUUAUAAUGUGACGUGAAAAAGUCACAUUUUUCAGUUUUUGCAAAAUCCAUCAAAAAUUAUGCUUCAUUUUAGGUUUCUUACUGGAAAUUCUUAAUAGUGUUGAAAUUUAUUAUAGCUACUCUUGUCAUCUGUGGGGGGACUAAAGUUCAGAAAAAAAUCUUUUUGGCUCUAUAUUUAUAAAUUUUACCAAGCAUAGGCAUUUUGACUGAACACCUUAGCUGUAAAAUUGUCACAACGUGCUGGGGAUAGGGAAGCUGAGAGCGGUGGAAAGAUUAAUUGGACGUUAACCUGGAGGUUGAGAUGAUAGAUGAUGGUGUCAGUUAUUGCCAUGCUAGAUGGUGCAUUGAAUUUUCACAUAGGCAAAAAUUAGAACAGUGGCAGCCUGAGGAGAAGUGGGAUUGGCAUCACAGUAAGCUAAUCUGAAAGUGACGUUCAGCUGACACCACCUAAACACCAGUCCCCAUACUACCCAAGCCUGUCUGAUUGAAUACUUGGGUCAUUUCCAAUAUAAAGACGGAAGGUCAACUAGCACCUGUGGGGAGGGAUGGAUUUAACAGUUUCACAUUGAUGAUAUAGGUUAUUCCUAGUUUCCUUUAUAAAGUGAACCUGUUUUGUUGCAGUAGUAUCCCAGUGAGGUCUGACUCCGUGAUUUCCAAAUACAUUAAAUUGACAACCUGAAAAACUGGAAUUUACUCAACAAGUCUCCUAUGGUGCCCAGCCUGUUACUCUCGCUCCAUUACCCAAGAACAGUUGUGCAAUCCUUCAGGUACUAAAGCUAACUGAUAGAUGGGAUCAAUCUAAUACUUCAGACUACCAUUAUCUGAGCAAUUUUUCCAUAUUUAGUAUCAGUGGCUUGUUCCUGUUGCAUUGAUUUUCAAGUUAAUUUGACUAUUUUCUCAAGUAUAAUUGGCCAGUUUUUAGUUACGUUGUUAGCCAUUCAUGCUAUUGACAUUUUUUCCAAAUGUUUGAAUGCUGGAUGUUUCGUUGAAGGUAGGUGUUUCAUAAAUGAGCUCAUUUAAAGUCCAUUCACUUGUUUGGAGGCAUUAUAAUAGAAAAGCUAUUUUAGCUGAAUUUAAUUUUUAAAUGAUUUUUUGAAAGUUUUAUUAGAAGUAGGGUUAAGAUUGUAUGGCAAAGCUUCAGAACUACUUUCCUAGAGUUCUUCAUAGGUCCAAAUUUACUAUCGUUAUUAAUUAGGAAGUUGUAAUAAAAAGAUGCAAAUUGGUUGAAAUUUGAUCUUUUAAAAAAAACUCUGGGCUGUAAUCCCUAGCCACACAGCAAACUGAAUAACCUUUACUGUCUCUUGUGUGCACAGUAUUCUGCUUUCAGUUAGUAGCAUUAUUCCUGUAAAAGACUUGAAUUGCUGUGAAUCUGGUUUUUACGUCUGCAAAUGUGUUGAUGCAAGAUGCUAAAGUGGUUGUUGGGUGAGAAGUUCAGUUCAUGAAAUGCACUUUUUUUCCUGUUGGUAACAAUAACAGAUUACCAUAAAUGGAGGUGACUUGGCUUUGCAAAAUUUUAUUAGUCUUGGAUCCAGCAUCAAUCCUUUCACUUGCACUCAAAAGGUAGCUCCUGUAGAUAUUUCUGAUUUAGAGCAAGAGGUGGGGGGUGGUCAGUGAAGGUAAUUUAAAUGAUGUUCUGAAAUUAAUGUGUGAAAGAAAUGAAGCAGUUGUAAUGUCAGUACUUUUAUGAAGGUGUCAGUGGGCAGCUGGGACCAAGUUUUUUCUUCCUGAGUAGAUUGUCAGCACUUCUACCAGUUGCUAGUGCCUGUUCAAAGCAAAUCGUGGUCGCAGUAAGUUAUGUGAUCAUUCUCUAAGAGAUACAAGCAGAAACCAGUGUCUUGAGGUUUAUAUGUUGCAAACCAUUUUGCACAUUAUUCCUGUGUGCAGCUUGGUUGCAGCCUGUGGAAUUUCUCCCGAGUUAGAUUCUGCUAUAGGCAGGAGUCUUAUGCUUAUUAGUAAUUUUGUCAGUUAAGUGUUCAUUAAUUGGUUACAUUCUGCUCAGUAGAAAAUAAACAGCCAAGAGACUGAACCAGUAGGUUCUAGGAAAAGUGAGAAGUAUUGGCCAUCACACUGAUAGCAUCUCUGCACACUUUAAAACUUGUUCAGAUGAGGUUCCCCCGUCACUGAACAAAUUGCAGGAUUUAACAGUGCCACAAAUGACUUUGAUGUUAUUGAUGAUUUGCUCUAUGCAAUUGAAACAGUUUAAAAAUUCUCUGGGAUUUGGUAAGGCCCACCCAUGACUGCUCCUAAACUCUAGGAAUCCUGCAGCUGGUGAAUCAUCUCAGCAAUUUAGGCAGGCUGUGUUUCACCUUGUGAAGUUGUACCCAGUGUCAGUCUUAAUAAUGUGCUAUUUUGAUACUGUACUGGUUUUCUUGUAUUUUGCAUUUCCAGUAAUAAAGAGAUUUACCAAA